AUGGCACGAACGAUCUAUUUGGCUGUCUUCACGAAUGGCCAGAGAGCCGCUCAUUGGGCCAUCUGGAUUCCAACUACAGGGCAGGAGGUUGUAGGAAAGAUGCUUCACGUCUCUGGAUCCCCAGCCACUGGAUUUUUCCUAGAAUUCAAGCGCAACUACGACUUUCGAUCGACCAACCGCCGUUAUCAGGUGCUUCCCUUAGCACAAGUCCAUGACCAAUAUGUUGUCGACACUCCAGGAGAUACGUUGAUCACGGAGACAACGGCCCGCGACCGUGUUGAAUCAACGGCCACUGUCGUGCCGCCUCCAGGUCGCGCUGCCAAUCCAUUUGACCCAAUGAUAGUUGCUUUUGUUGAGAGACUCAUUGCCGACGGAUAUGUCACCGUCGAUGCGCGCGUAGUUCUACAGAAUGCGCCUAGAGUGUUGUGA